AUGCUUAGGAUGGAAGAGGUAAACGCCGCCAACAAGUUCAGACCCACGCGGGCCUACCAGACACACAGAGAAGCAUACGACAAGAAGAACAGCACACCCGCUGCCUCUACGUCCAAGCCUGAUGAGACUACGCCAGCUCAGCAUGAAGCAGGUGACGGAAAGAGUCCCCUAGCAUCCAAGACACCGCCCGCCGCCUCCACGUCCAAGCCUGAUGAGACUACGCCAGCUCAGCAUGAAGCUGGUGACGGAAAGAACCCCCUAGCACCCAAGACACCGCCCCCUUCUACGCCGAAGCCUGGUGAGACUCCGACAACUGGGCAUAAAGCCGGCGACGGACAGGAACCCCCAGCAGAAUUCGAUGCAAGGAAGUCGCCGAUCACCACCACCGCGACCAUCACCACCGCAGCGCCCAUGUCAACUGCGGCCAAAAUCUCACCCGCAGCGCCCAUACCAACGGCAGCUAAUACCUCGACCGCAGUGCCUACUCUUACAGCAGCAUCAAAUGCCACAGCCAUCCCCGUCACAGCCGCCAUCCCCAUCACAGCCGCCAUCCCCAUCACAACCGCGACGCCUAUCACCACCGCGACGCCCAAUCCUACAGCGCCUAUACCAACCGCAGCUAAUACCUCAACCACAGCGCCUACUCUUACAGCAGCAUUAGAUGCCACAGCCAUCCCCAUCACAGCUGCCACCCCUAUCACAACCGCCACCCCCAUUACAUCUGCGACGCCCAUCACAUCCGCAACGCCUACUCCUACCGCAGCAUGUGCUGCUACUGCCACCCCUAUCACAGCCGCCACCCCCAUUACAACCGCGACGUCCAUCGCAACCGCGACGCCCGCUCCCACGGCAGCAUCUACUGCCACUGCCACCCCCAUUGGAACACUCGGCAUACAGGACGACUGGUCUCCUCCUCCGGACAGCGACGACCACGAAGAUUAUGGCGUCGCCAUCCCGUUCAGUCAGAGUAGCGCGCAGCCCCCAGAGCCUGAGUCCCGGAAAAGGGUGAAGCUGACCGUCGACCUCUCGCAGCCACCAAGCAAGUCGGACAUUGAGGCAAUGCAGAUCACCAGGGCAAAAGAGUUGGACCGCGCAUCCGAUUACAUCCUGAAGCUGACCCUCCGAAUGGACACAUGCCCACGGGCGGGGAUGCUACGUGACGUCGUUCAAAUGGCGGUGCAGCAGUAUCAAGAGUCCGACGGUGCCAUACCGCUGAUUUAUCUUCCGCUCGGACCGUGGCCUAUCAGCCUCGCCUCUAUGCUCGAGGUGUGCUACGCCAAGACGUGGCUGUCCGGCACGACUAUUGAUUUCCUUGUCGAGAAAUGCGGCAGUUUACGGGGGUACUUACCGGAGGUCGUGUAUGUCGCUACAAACCGUCCAGUAUACAUGGAAACCAUCGGCAAGUCAUCAUCUAACCCCGAGAUACGCCCCGAAAUCGCAUCACUUGUUCCGCAAUCAGUCUUCAUCAUCCCUGAGCUCGACGCCGCAGCGUCCAUCGUCUUCACUUGGAAUCCAACCAACAGCCAUUGGGUAGUGGUGCAGGCGCUAUGCAUGGAAUUUGGGGCGGGGCUCAUGCGCGUCUACGACACCGGACGUAGAUACCGAUCUACCUCUAUGUUCGAGCAGGAGCUCCGGCAAUUCCUUGCGCUGGUGGCGCUCUCUCACCCCCGGUCGAGAUUGGCGGACGUCGAUUGGAACACAGUGGCCAUUAGAUACGAGGACACAAUACAACAAGAGGCAGAUGACUGCGGAGUCUUCGCAGCGUGGAAUGUGAGGACAUUACUUCACAAUGACCAGCCCGCGAAGUCGGCCUCUAACGCUUUGAGCGUUGGCACGGCACUCCGCCGGGAGCUGUUCACCGAAGCACACAGCACUAUCAGCGGCCGUGAUCCUCCCUACUGCUCGAGCCAGGCUGCGCUCGAUGCGCACAUCGAGCAUCUAUCUGGCAACCACCACAACGAUGACAAGAGCAAGGACUCCGACGACAACGACCACAACGGUGACAAGAGCAAGGACCCCGACGACAACGACUACAAUGAUGACAAGAGCAAUGACCCCGAGGGCAACGACUAUGACAGUGACAGCAGCGACGGCUACGCUGAGCGCAUAUCCCAGUUUCAGACUUAUGUCCACCCAUCAUGGCAAGAUGAGCACGAUCUUUUGCUGAAAUCGUUCUCGGAAUUGCUGACUAAACCUGAGGCCUUGAAAGCGCUGUUAGGGGGGAGAAAGAACGGCGUACCUGGUCCUCGUCUGGCGCGAAGAUUCAAACGGCGAACAUUCGCGAGAGGGGUAACUCGCUGGGCCAGGUUGACCAACAUCGCAAGCAAAUACGUCAAUCACGUCAAAAGCGACGGUUCAGUUGUCAGUGGCAUAUAUCAAAAGGGUUGCGCGCGACUCCUGCCUGCAUUUCCAGGGCUUCAUGAACUCGAGGACAACACCACCAUCCGCGCCACCGCGACUCGUGCUAUCUUUGGCACAGAUCUCCAUGUUUGCGCUUCGCCGCCUGAUCCGACACGCACAUACGAUUUGGUGCUUCCAUGCUUCCGUCGCUCGGGCAGGCCACGGGACAGCAUCCGCUCCGACACCGAAGUCCUCGACAACGAAUCGGAAGAAGUCGAUGUACGCCUACAAGCGAUGUAUGAUCAAUGGGAACAAGUCUUCAACAACCACCCAAGACCCCACGACAAGAUGGACACGCAGGGAGCGCUAGCAAUGCAAGGAUUUAGGCCGGUCUGGAUCCGACUGGUAUUAGGGUUCAUCACAUCGACACUCCCAGUUCUCAGUGCAGCUGGACAUUCAGCGCGAGUGGCAAGCGUUUACGACACGAUGCGAAGGGUCAUUGACCAUGUUCAAGCUCUGGCGGGUCGGCGCAUCCGUGUCUUAUUCCUCUUUCCGGGCGUGGACGGACUGACAACUAACAACGGGUCAUGGCAAUACCUAGUCGACCGCUUUCCAGAAGUUUUGUUCUCUUUAACCGCUGUCGUGUCCCCGCAACUCGGAGCGCUCUACCCAUCGGUAUUCACUAAGAUCGGGCGUUCUGCUUGGACGCACAUUGACGUCGAGGAACUUUACUUUUGUUACAGCGAGAUGCUUCGCGGGUUCGACAACGCUAUACAGUUCCUUCAGUCUCCAAAGCCUACUCGCUUUAUCUCUUGGCUUACUGCUCUGCACGAAUCUUCGUCCAACGACAGUGAUUCUCCUCUAGUUCAACGUCUUCGCUUAGCGAAUAGCCUCUCCAAGUGA